CCGCAAUCUCUAAUCUCUGAUAACAAAAUCAUUUCCCUGAUAAAAUAAUAUACAACGAUAUGAUUUAGAUUCCAUAACAACCAUACGUUAGAAGCAGCAAGAUCUACACAGCAACAAGCUAACUAAGUCAACAACAAUGGCAGAAGAAGCAAGUCCAGUACGAUUUGGAAUCGUUGGUUGCGCUGACGUGGCUAGGAAGGUCUCAAGAGCCAUAACUCUCGCUCCCAACGCCACCAUCGUCGCCGUCGGAAGCCGCUCCCUCGAUAAAGCCACCAAGUUUGUAGCCUCCAAUGGUCUCCCACCCAAUGCUAAGGUUUAUGGUUCAUACGAAGGGGUUGUAGAAGACCCUGAAGUUGAUGCGGUUUACAUGCCACUUCCAACAAGCUUACAUGUGAAGUGGGCGGUGCUUGCUGCUCAGAGGAAGAAGCACAUCCUGCUUGAGACUCCGGUGGCUCUCAGCGUUUCCGAUCUCGAUAAGAUCUUGGAGGCUUGUAGAUCCAACGGUGUGCAGUUCAUGGAUGAUACCAUGUGGCUGCACCACCCUAGGACCACCAAAAUGUUUCACUUCAUCUCAGAUCCAAAUCACUUUGGUCGACUUCAAUCGGUCCACUCCACCUUUUCUUAUGGAGUUACUCCUUACUUUCUAGAGAAUGACAUUCGAGUGAAGCCAGAUCUUGAUGCUCUAGGUGCACUUGGUGACAUUGGGUUCUAUUGUAUAGGCACAAUUCUCUGGGCUUCAAGCUAUGAGUUACCUAAAACAGCAAGAGCAUUGCACAAACCCACAUACAAUGAUGCUGGUGUCAUUCUAGCUUGUGCUGCUUCUCUAUCCUGGGAAGAUGACAAAGUAGCAACCUUCUAUUGUUCAUUUCUCUCGGACAUGUCAAUGGACAUAGUUGCAAUGGGGACAAAAGGGUCAUUGCGUGUUCAUGAUUAUGCCAUUCCUAACCAAGAGAAAGAGGCCAAGUUUUCAACAAGCUCAAACUCUGAUUGGGUUGAGCUUUCCAUUGGCUGGGCUCCAAAUCCAAGUGAACAUGUAGUUCACACUGAUCUCCCUCAAGAGGCACUUUUGAUUAGUGAAUUUGCACGUUUGGUUGGGGAAAUUAAGUACAAUAACACAAAACCGGAGGACACGUGGCCAACUAUUAGCAGGAAAACACAACUGGUUGUGGAUGCUGUGAAGGCUUCAAUUGAUAAUGGUCUUGAGCCUGUUCAAAUUCAGGAUUAACUAGUGACUCUAGUUAGCUUAAUUCGGAGUGUUGUCUUUUAUCAUCAGUUAACAAUAAUAAUGUCUCAAAUCCAAGUCUCAUUUCAUCACAAUCUUCAGGUUGAUCUUUCUAUGCUUUCAGUUACUUUAUUUGAAGAGGUUUAUCAGAUUUGGCUAUAUUGUUUUUGUAAUGUAUAUCCAAGAAUUUUCGACACUUGCUUGAGCGAGCAGGUUACUUAAGCACCAACAAAUACAAGUUGGUUGUUCAA